AAGAAAAAAACAGAACGCGUACAUGUCUUGUUUGCCAAGCAGUUCAUAAAAAGGACUCUCUCUCUCUCCAUCAAAAUAAAAAUAUAUUAAAAACCCAAAGUUUAUUUCUGAGAAACCCUAAUCUUCGAUUCGCCAUUUUCUCUUAAAUACAGUAUUAUGCGAAACCGGUUCUGCUCCUAGUGAUUUCUCAAUGACGAUGUUCUUCUCCAAGCUCGGCCGCUCCUCCGUCUCUCGCUCAAGGGGGUUUUUGUACGGUGGUGGUGUGAGAUCGUUGAGGCUGAUUGGUCCGCCGGCGAAUCAAGGCGGUGGAUUGGGGUUCUUGAGUCGGCACUUUGCUUCGUUGACUGGUAGAAAGGGACUUUUGGACAAUGAUUUGAUUGGUGUUUUCGCUAAUCCGAGACUUGGUCGAUUCUUCUCCGACGAAGCUCCCAAGAAGAAGAAUUAUGAGAACUACUUUCCUAAAGCUCCAAAGCAAGAAGAACCCAAGAGUGAUCAGAAAUCUGAGUCUAAAGAGGGUUCAGACAAGAAUGAAAACGAGAACUUGGGAGAUAUGUUUGCGAAUAGGUUCCAAAACUUGCUGAUUCCACUGCUGGCUCUUGCUAUUUUCCUUUCUUCUUUCUCAUUUGGCUCUGGAGACCAGCAACAGAUUAGUUUCCAGGAGUUCAAAAACAAGCUUCUCGAGCCCGGUCUAGUCGACCACAUAGACGUCUCAAACAAAUCAGUAGCCAAAGUCUACGUGAGAAGCACACCGAGAGACCAACAAACAUCCCAAGACGUUGUCAUCCAAGGAAACGGCAACGCCCAAGGCAUCCCCGCUAAGAGAACCGGUGGUCAGUACAAGUACUACUUCAACAUCGGCAGCGUCGACUCUUUCGAGGAGAAGCUCGAAGAAGCACAAGAGGCCCUAGGCAUCGAUCCCCACCAUUUCGUCCCCGUCACGUACACCACCGAAAUGGUCUGGUUCCAAGAGUUUCUACGGUUCGCGCCGACUCUGCUCCUCCUGGGCACUCUCGUCUACGGGGCUAGGCGGAUGCAAGGCGGGAUAGGCGGAUUAGGAGGAACCGGCGGGAAGAACGGCCGCGGGAUCUUCAACAUAGGCAAGGCCACGAUAACGAGAGCUGACAAAAACUCCAAGAACAAGAUUUACUUCAAGGACGUGGCUGGAUGCGAGGAGGCGAAACAGGAGAUCAUGGAGUUUGUGCAUUUUCUCAAAAACCCUAAAAAGUACGAAGACUUGGGCGCCAAGAUACCUAAAGGCGCUCUUUUAGUCGGUCCUCCCGGAACGGGGAAGACUCUCUUAGCCAAAGCUACAGCCGGAGAGUCAGGCGUCCCGUUUCUCUCCAUCUCAGGCUCAGACUUCAUGGAGAUGUUCGUUGGUGUUGGACCUUCGAGGGUGAGGAACUUGUUCCAAGAAGCUAGACAGGCCGCGCCGAGCAUUAUCUUUAUAGACGAGAUCGACGCCAUUGGUCGAGCGAGAGGACGCGGGGGGUUAGGUGGGAACGAUGAGAGGGAGAGCACUUUGAAUCAGCUGCUGGUUGAGAUGGAUGGGUUUGGUACAACGGCUGGAGUUGUGGUUCUCGCUGGGACCAAUAGACCGGAUAUUUUGGAUAAAGCUUUGUUGAGGCCUGGCCGGUUUGAUCGUCAGAUAACCAUUGAUAAACCGGAUAUCAAGGGCCGUGAUCAGAUUUUUCAGAUUUACUUAAAGAAGAUUAAACUUGAUCAUGAGCCUUCUUAUUACUCUCAGAGGCUUGCUGCUCUCACUCCUGGCUUUGCUGGUGCUGACAUUGCUAAUGUCUGUAACGAGGCGGCUCUUAUUGCCGCUAGACACGAGGGAGCUACUGUCACGAUGGCGCACUUCGAGUCUGCUAUUGAUCGUGUCAUUGGUGGUCUUGAGAAGAAGAACAGGGUGAUAAGUAAACUGGAGCGUCGUACAGUUGCGUAUCAUGAGUCUGGUCACGCGGUUGCUGGUUGGUUCCUGGAACACGCGGAGCCACUGCUGAAGGUGACUAUCGUGCCACGUGGAACAGCCGCGCUCGGGUUUGCUCAAUACGUUCCGAAUGAAAACCUUCUCAUGACCAAAGAGCAGCUCUUUGACAUGACUUGCAUGACUCUAGGUGGCCGUGCAGCCGAACAGGUAUUGAUAGGAAAAAUCUCGACGGGUGCACAAAACGAUCUAGAGAAAGUGACAAAGAUGACAUACGCGCAAGUAGCUGUGUACGGUUUCAGCGAUAAGGUCGGUCUGCUCUCGUUUCCGCCGAGGGACGAUGGCUAUGACUUCAACAAACCGUACAGCAACAAGACCGGUGCGAUCAUAGACGAGGAAGUGAGGGAAUGGGUGGGGAAAGCUUAUGAGAAGACGGUGGAGCUGAUAGAGACCCACAAAGAGAAAGUGGCUGAGAUCGCUGAGCUUUUGCUGGAGAAGGAAGUGCUGCAUCAGGAUGAUCUUUUGAAAGUUUUGGGUGAGCGUCCGUUUAAACCGGCCGAGGUGACUAACUAUGACCGGUUCAAAUCCGGGUUUGAAGAGAAUGAGAAGGAGGCGACACCGACGGUUGCGCCUGUGGUGGAUGAAGGAGCUCCUCCGCCGCUUGAGCCGCAGGUGGUUCCUACGUAGGAGAAUGAGUUCACCUGUUACGAUUGUAAAUUUUAUUAAGAAUGCAAUAAACACAACUACCAAAAAGAAAAAUACAGUCUGUUGUUCUUCGGUGUUUUCAGUUGUGGGGGCACUUGUUAGCAAUGAAUAUUUUGUUCUAAAUUAUUGCUUCUAAGUUUUCUAUUUUUAAAAAAAAAAUCUCUGAUAAUAGUUUGUGUUUUUAUAAUAAAUGACAUUGUUACCACCUCUA